AGGUUAAACAAUGGGACCCUUGUAGUAAAACACAAAAACAGAAACAACAAAUCAUAACAAAAACCACCAUCCUCCUCCCCCUGAAUUCCAUCAAUCAUUUCUCCUACUUUUUCUUGUAUAAAAUCAAAUCAUCUCCACCAUAUUAAUUCAUGAUACUGCACCUGCAUCUAACUCUGUCCACAAGCCCAGGCCAAGGCCUAAAUCAAAGUUGAAUUAAAUCACCCUUUUUUAAAAACCUUUCAUUUUGUACAACCCCUUCUAUCAUUUAUCUUCUUCUACUUGCUUGCGGCAAACAACAAUCAGAGUAGCUAUAACUUGAAAUGGUAAUGUUGGUAAGUUUUUUUAAAGACCCAGAAUUUGCUAAUGUGGAUUCAAGUGAAAACGAGUCUAUACCUUUUAGAGGAACGAUUUUGAGGACAAAAAGUGGUAAAUUUUCAUCAGUUUCGGAGCCUUGCGUUUCUUGUACCACCUUCAACAUCUUGGCACCUAUCUACAAGCGAUUGGACCAGCAGAAUCAGAACGUACGUGAAAGUGAUUUCAGAGCAUUUUGGUUAGCUAGAAAUGAGAGGAUUGUAGAUUGGUUGCUUUAUGAAAGCUCUUCCAUUAUCUGUCUCCAGGAAUUUUGGGUUGGAAAUGAAGAAUUGGUACAAAUGUACGAACAAAGGCUUGGUGCUAGUGGCUAUGACACAUUCAAGCUUGCAAGAACCAACAACCGAGGAGAUGGCUUGCUGACUGCCAUUCACAAGGAGUACUUUAGGGUUUUAAAUUAUAGAGAGUUGCUCUUCAAUGACUUCGGAGACCGUGUUGCUCAGUUGUUACAUGUUCAAUCGGUCAUCCCUUUCUUGCAAAAUAAUGAUGAUAGUAUGCAACAAGAAAUUCUUAUUGUGAACACCCACCUGUUAUUUCCUCACGAUUCCAGUUUAUCCAUCGUAAGACUGCACCAGGUUUAUAAAAUACUACAAUAUCUUGAAACAUAUCAGAGAGAAAACAAACUCAGCCAGGUGCCUGUCAUGCUCUGCGGUGACUGGAAUGGAAGCAAGCGUGGGCAUGUUUACAAAUUCCUCAGGUCCCAGGGAUUUGUUUCAUCGUACGAUAUUGCUCAUGAAUAUACAGACAGUGAUCACAAGUGGGUUAGCCAUCGAAAUCAUAGAGGAAACAUCUGUGGUGUUGAUUUCAUAUGGCUCCGUAACCCUAACAAGUCAAUAAAACCAUUGAAGAUAAGUUGGGCUGAAGCAGCUUUCGGUAUAAUAAAGUAUCAACUUCAAAAGGCUCAAUUGAAUGAAAAAGAUGCCUUUGACUUUCUAAGGGCCGACAACAAUGGAAACUACAUAACAUAUUCGGAUUUCUGUGACGCACUGAAACAGCUAAAGUUAACCAGUCUUUCUCAUGGACUAAGUUUCCAGGAGAUGAAAGAUCUUUGGGUCCAAGCAGAUGUUGAUGGAAAUGGUGUUCUAGACUACGAUGAAUUUCUAAGAAUUUGGUACUGUACAUGUUCAGAACAUAUAGAUGAAGAUAGCAACUCAGAGGACUCGAACGAAGGCAUCACAAAAGAAGCUUUCGGUUUCGCAGUAAAGAAUGCGAUUCUCUUCCCCCGCGAAGUGGAGAAGGGGAUAUGGCCCGAGAACUACCACCUUUCCGAUCAUGCCCGACUCACUGCACUGUUCUCACCGGUUAGGUUACGGUGUUCACAGAAAAGCCUAUAGCGCCAGAGAGAAGAUAGACUUUGGUAACACAUUGUAAACAAAAGGAAAAAGAAAUUGUAGUUUUGGGAAUAUGUUUUUGUAUAGUUGAGGAAAAGUUGCUUUAUCACAUCCAAUUUAUUCA